GUUUACUAGGAAGCAGCUAGCGACGCUACAGCCAUGUAGCCGUCUUAUUUAAUCAUAUUUACGGACUUUCAACGGAUAUGUUUUGUUUAUAAAACAGUUCUGAUGCCACAUGGUGCUCUUUAGGAGAAGAUUACGUCAUCCUGUAGCUCCUUUUUGAGGUUUUUAAAAUAUAGAAACCACGAUCAGAGCGAUGCGGUCCUUGAGCUACGUGCAACGGGUCAGUCUGGACUUCCCCGGGACUCUGUUCCCUCACGCGAUCUGUCUGGGAGACGCGGACAACGACUCGCUCAACGAGCUGGUGGUGGGCGACACCAACGGGAAGCUGCUGGUGUACAAGAACGACGAGUCCAGACCCUGGGUCACGAGGAGCUGCGUGGGCAUGCUGACGUGCGUCGCAGUCGGCGACGUCUGCAACAAAGGGAAGAACUUCGUGGUUGCCGUGGGCGCCGAGGGCUGGUUCCACCUGUUCGACCUGACGGCCGCCGCGGCGACCAAAGGGGAGUCCUGCAGCCAGCUGGACGCCACGGCCUCCGAGGAGCAGAAGCCGCUCUUCACCCAGCACAUCCCGGCCAACACCAAGGUCAUCCUCAUCAGCGACAUCGACGGUGAUGGCCGCAGCGAGCUGGUGGUCGGCUACACGGACCGCGUGGUGCGAGCGUUCCGGUGGGAGGAGCCGGCCGACGGCGCCGAGCCCGGCUCCGGUCAGCUGGUGCUGCUGAAGAAGUGGAUCCUGGAGGGGCAGGUGGACAGCCUGACGGUGAACCCGGGUCCAGAGGGUCUACCGGAGCUGAUGGUGUCUCAGCCCGGCUGCGGCUACGCCAUCCUGCUGUGCUCCUGGACUCAACACGACUCCAGCGGCUCCGGAGAAGAAGCCCCGCCCACCUCCGGGAGCGAGGGACCGUCCAGAGAUGUAGUUCUCCACCUGACCACCGGGCGGAUACACAACAAGAACGUGUCCACGCAUCUCAUCGGCAGCAUCAGUAAAGGCUCGAGGGAGGAGUCCUCCACCUGCGGGCUGUUCGCGCUCUGCACUCUGGACGGCACGCUGAAGCUGAUGGACAGCUGUGAGCGAUUGCUCUGGUCUGUGCAGGUCGAUCAUCAGCUGUUCGCUCUGCAGAAGCUCGAUGUCACUGGCGACGGCAGAGAGGAAGUGGUGGCGUGCGCCUGGGACGGUCAGACCUACAUCAUCGACCACAACCGGACCGUCGUCCGCUUCCAGUUCGACGAGAACGUCAACGCCUUCUGUGCGGGUCAGUACACGUGUAAGGACGGUAAGAACAGCCCCUGUCUGGUGUACGUCAGCUUCAAUCACAAGAUCUACAUCUACUGGAAGGUGCAGCUGGAGCGGAUGGAGUCCACCAACAUGCUGCGGGUCCUGGAGGAAAAGCCCGAGUUCAGCAGCCACCUGAAGGCGCUGGGGGUCGACACCGAGGACCCGGCAGCAGUCAGAUCUCUGGUGGCGAAUGUUCUCUACAAGGAUUCACAGAGUUAACACAUACACACACACACACACACACACACACUCUCUCACACACACACCCUGACUGUAAAUACUCUGUUAAUAAUAAACACCGGUUGUUUCCUGUG